CAUCUCCGUUCCCAAAGCAGUCGAGUUUUCUCCGAUGCAGACCUGAGCAGUGAGCGCCGCUGACUGGGGGCUGCUUCCUGAGCAUUCGACGCUUCACAAUUGCGUUCUCUCCACAUUGUUACCGCCACGUCUGCUGCUCUACUCACGCUGCGCCUCGGACGCUUGAGGCGAGCGUCGAAGGGUGUUGAACUUCAGCUCUCGAAUAAUAAAGGCUCAAGCGGAGGCUUGGCAUUCAAACUUUGCCCGCACGCUGAAAUGCGAUCUCCCCGGUCAUGUCUUGUCUAAGUGGAUCUGAGAGACAACAGAGCCACUUGGAACGUCUGGCGAAGAGUUGUCCAGGCUCGACUGGCCCUGCUCAGGACUGGUACCUCAGGCGGCAAAGCGAAUGCCACUUUGAAGCACAUCUCUCGCGUCAUUGGAGCUCAUUAUGAAGAAGUUACAGGCUCAACGAGCUUGGAUCAAAGCGCGGAGCCGACACAUCAGCGCUUUGGAGGCCCAUUCGCAGGACAAUGCGCGACGUGAUAACUGAAGUGCAUUGUUUUUGAUGAGCAAGACGAGUCUCUUCCUCUGUCCACUACCAUCGCCCUCUCUAGCAUGUUCGCCAACCAGCUCCAGUCCUCCUCUUUCUCUCCUGCGCGCACCAGGAAGGCCGAGUGGCCGCUGUGCGCCCUACAAUCCGCAGUAGCUACCCAACACAGUCACCGGCCCGAAGAUCUGUACAGGCUUCGCUCCCUCCGGCCCAAACCGCGUGCUACCAGUCCAGUUGAGACCCUCGUCGGCCCGCGCAAUUUCACGCUUCCGUUCCACUUCUACAAUCCACCAUCUGCCAAGCGGAUCAUGGCCGCACUGCGGAACCGGCAGUGCCCCAUGUACAUACGCGCGGUCAUGGCUGGCCCACAUGCGAUGUACAUCGUCUGGGGUGGGCAGCAAGGGAUGGAGACGUACAAAGUUAUUGUGCGCAGAAAGGUGCUCGCGACUCCGACGCCUGCCUCCGUGCGCAAACCCCGAGUCCUCCCGGUGGCCGUCCCGACUGCCGGAUCGACUGCUACAUCGAAGGUCGCCCCAGCGCUGGCCCUAGCUCAGUCCCGACAAGCCCUCCUCGAUCUCGCCGCCAACUCGCGGCCUGCAGUCGACGGCGCUCGACGCAAACACCUGCUGGAUACCGAUCUCCACCAGCGCAUUCGCCCCUUGAAAGUUGGGCCCCCAGGCUCGUUUCAGCAUGCAGAAGUCCAGGCGUAUGUGUGGAAACACAGGCCGUCGGGUCUUUCCAACGUGCUUUACGCAGAGGACACAAUCUGUGUCUCGCCGCUCGUGGGCAACUAGACCCCGCUGCCGAUGACUGCCUCUGGUUCACUGAAGCCGCAAGUUUGGCAGUUUACCAGAGUUCUGAAGCGGUUGUAUGAUAGCGUCUUCAAUCCACAGGAUGCUGUACAAUCCUCUGAGUCGCAUGACAUCGUGUCGGAGCGGCCGAUGAAGAGGAGGAGAUUGAGCUCUUGCUGAGGGACAGCUGGGCCCUCCGAGUAGAAGUACUACGGUUUUCUCCUUUCGGUUUCCCAUGCAUCGUGUAUAUUGCAGUCCUAAUUCUCGAGAUCUUGUCCCGGACUUCUGUAUAACUGUAGCUCUCACCGCUGUCUAGACUCAUGCUCGGAUCUUCUAUAGCAGGCGGCUCUGAGUACUUGGAAUCGAGGGUGAAAUCGCU